UUCUAUUGGGGUUCCUAUGGAUAGAAACAUGACUUUCGAGGAUUCAGCAAUUGGAAGGCCUUUACCCGAUGGUCGUGUUACUGCCAUUGAUCGUGAAGAAUGGGAGCAAGCUCAUCGCUAUGUGUUAGAAAACACAAAUGAAGUUCAACCAUACAUUGAGGAACAUAUGGCGUUCUUGAAGGAACAUCAUCCUCGUCAAUCAAAAAGUCAAACGUGGCUACAAAUUGAGCACAAUAAAACAUUUAUAUAUUGGCUCCGUGAAAAGGUUGCUGAUGAACUAAAUAGCAACAAAAAGCAUAUUUCAAAUACCCUAAAGUGGAUAGCACAGGGUCCCCGUUUCGAUGUGAUCAAAUACUCCGGCUACAUCAUAAAUGGUUAUCGUUUUCACACAAAAGAUCGUGAUAAUUCACGAGUCACCCAGAAUAGUGGUGUUAGCUUGGUGGCAACAGCAAUGCAAGUUACUAAUAACAAGGAUAAGAACCCUGUGUUUGGGGAGAUGAAUUUUUAUGGAGUUAUAACUGAGAUAUGGCAGCUUGAUUAUCACACGUUCAAUAUUCCAGUAUUUAAGUGCGAUUGGGUUGAUAACAAUAAGGGUAUCAAAGUGGAUGAGCUUGGUUUUACGCUAGUUGAGCUUGGGAGGAUAGGCCACAAAUCCGAUUGUUUCAUUUUGGUUUCUUAGGCCAAGCAAGUUUUC